GCGGGGCCCCAGAAGACUUAGUCAGUCCAUUGCCGUUGCUACAAAAGACCACUGAGCGGACGGCCAAGGGGGACGGUCGAUCAGAACGUGUUUGUGAUCCAGCCAAGUACAGAGCUUAGUCUAACGUGCCCUUGCUCACCCGAACCCUGCAACAUGUCAGCCUCGGCUUUUGGCGCACUGGUAGAGUUCCAGAGCUCAGCUUCUAUCGCCAGUCCUGCUGCCGUUGUGCGCCGAGAUAAGCAAGGCAUCGCACAUACCCCAUCCGAUCAUGAAUUGGUGGAGCUACAGCAAGGGCGCCAACAGCCUGUCACCGGUGUAUCAUCGAAUACUGCCACCGAUGUGCAGACUUCCAUCACCCCGGGUGAACUUGAAAGUCACUCAGCCUCUCCUGGAGAAAAUGAGGCUUCCGGUCCGGCUCCGACUUUCAGCAACCCAUCGAAGACCAAAUGGCGCUUCUUGAGUACCUGUUUGAUGAAUUUUGCGCAGGGAUUGAACGACAGCGCCCCUGGUGCUUUGAUCCCUUACAUGGAGAAAGAUUACAGUAUCGGUUAUGCGGUCGUAUCUCUGAUCUUCGUUACCAAUGCCCUUGGCUUCAUACUCGCAGCCUUGGUCACACAUCCACUGGAAAUGAAGCUUGGCCGCGCCAAGUGUUAUGCUCUAUCCAUGAGCUUGCUGGUGGCCGGAUUCGUGAUCAUCAUCUGCAAACCUCCAUUUCCUGCGGUCGUUGCAAGUUUCUUCCUUCUUGGACUGGGGAUGGCUGUCUGCCUGGCGUUGAACAAUGUUUACUGCGCGAACCUCGCCAACAGUACCGCGGCUUUGGGUGGUCUUCAUGGGUCCUAUGGGGUUGGUGGCGUAGUGGGACCGCUUGUGGCUACUGCUAUGGCAUCGCAUGGAGUUCGUUGGUCCCUUUUCUACAGCAUUAAUCUCGCGCUAUCGUUGUUCAACCUGGCCUUUGCUGUAUGGUCGUUCUCGAAUUAUGAGAAAGAGCUUCCAGCACAGCUCCUGGGCGCGUUACAGCAGACUGCAUCCCGACAAGCGAACGGCGGCGACUCCGUGAGCCGGAGCCGUCUCCUCAAGCAAGUGGUCAAGGACAAGACGACCCUGCUUGGGGCUUUGUUUAUCUUUGCCUAUCAGGGCGCCGAGGUCUCAAUCUCUGGAUGGGUAGUGUCGUUCCUCAUCAGUUAUCGUCACGGAGAUCCGUCACACGUCGGUUAUGUCAGUGCCGGCUUUUGGGCUGGCAUUACUCUCGGACGCUUCUUUUUAUCGCAUCCCGCCCACUUUAUUGGGGAAAAGCUUUCUGUCAUUCUCCUUGUGCUCGGGUCCAUCGCAUUUCAGCUUAUGACCUGGCUCAUUCCGAACAUCAUCGGGGACGCCGUUGCUGUCGCGAUCGUGGGUCUUCUCUUGGGCCCCGUUUACCCUUGCGCCACUGCGGUAUUCAGCAAGUUGCUGCCCCGGUCGAUGCAGACGUCGAGCUUGAGUUUCAUUAGUGCACUGGGAAGCAGCGGGGGAGCCGCGUCACCCUUCUUUACAGGUUUGUUGGCCCAGAAUGUGGGCACUUACGUUCUGCAUCCGAUCUGUAUCGGACUGUAUGGAGUGAUGCUUGUGGCCUGGGCGUCUCUUCCGCGCAUUGCAAAGAGGUCGGAGUGAUUCCUCUUUCAAAGUCAUCAUACCACUCUAUGCUUUACAAAGGCGUGUUGUGCUGCGACUUCAACUCUCGCAGUGGUAUUCUUGCUCAAAUUGUCAAGGCAUUGAGCGGAUGUACAUCUUGUGGUGUUGGAGGUGAAUCAUAAUGGCAAGGUGGAAGGCGGGUGGCAGAUGACCAUUGCGAUACAGUUGUGGAGUAUCAGCAGAGCUGACGCAAGCAAGGGGAGCGACCAUCUCCCGCCCGCGAGACCAUGA